AUGUCCUCCAACUCUCCAGAGACCAUGUCGGCGCUGAAAGGUGCCACCGCGCCAAUUUAUUUUGGCGCAUUCUUGGUCACACCGCAGGUCUUCUACCAAACCCCAUUAUCCUUCGCCCUCGUCAACCUGAAACCUAUUCUCCCCGGCCAUGUCCUUGUCUCGCCCCGCCGCGUUGUUCCCCGAGUUGCAGACCUCACCGCCGACGAGACAAGUGAUUUGUUCCUGACCGUCCGUCGCGUGGGGCGAAUUGUGGAAAGGGUAUAUGGCGCCUCCAGUCUCAAUAUCGCUAUACAGGACGGCAUUUAUGCCGGGCAGAGUGUGCCGCAUGUCCAUGCGCACAUUAUCCCGCGCAAGCCGGCAGAUCUGGACUACCGCGGAGGCACAGAUGCCAUCUACGAUAUGUUGGACGGGGAGGAAGGAGAGAUCGGCAAAGCGUUCCGGGAGGCAGAUACUAGCUCCGAACGCACGAAGAGAAGGACAAAUUUCCCAGCCGUCGAUGACGAAGCGCGCAAGCCGCGUGGGCCGGACGAGAUGAAGGCCGAGGCGGAGAUGCUGGCGCAAGAAAUGGAGAAGGAGUCACUCGAUUGA